CAGAAAAUCCCCUUCACCCACUCACUCAUCCAUCCGUACUUGUCCUUUUCAACCACACACGUGUCCGAUGUCGAUCGUCGGCAGAUCUUCCAUUACUCCGCGCUGAGUUUCAAUCCAUGGUACAUGACAGGUGUCACCGACGUGCUAAACAAAAGAAAGAGACAGAGUGCCUACGUUCUACCGUCCACACGCAUCCGUCCACAGAAAAUCCUACCUACUUGCGCGACUCACUUGCAUUCCCCAUGCACCCCACACGCGCUUCCAUAAAGUGAGCUUGUGCGCCACUGCUUGGCUGUCCGGCACGUUCAAGUGAUAAACUUACAGGCGCACCCAGAUCCCCCGACAGGGAGAAAAACAAAAAAAAUGCCAAAACCGGCCAACACUGGUCCACACAUCCAUCACAUCUGUCCAUGGACCCUCCAACAAAUGGGCGCCGCCGCCCUCAUCUCUCCCCAUCCACAUCACAUCCGUCAACAAAUGAAUACCCCGCCCGUCCUUCCAGAAAAAAGAGAGAGACACGCACACGGCCGAGAGAGAAAAAAGCACAUACACAAUCAGAUAAUAGUCAGACUUUGGUGCUGACGGCGAUGCCGCUGGGCGGCUGCUUCUUGUCUGCAGCUGUUGGUGCACUGCCCGACUCGGGGACAACGUCGGGCAGCUGCCAGAGCUUGCCGUGGGUGUCGACGUAAUAGACCUCCGUGCGGUCCUCAUGCCUGCAGACAGUUACAUUACACCACACAGACGGACAGUCAGACGGACAGGCGGAUGUGUGUAUGUACGAUCCAUGGUACACACGUACCACAUCCACAGUUUGCGCUCUCCGCCCUCCGGUGUGGCUUCCUUCUUGCCGUUGCCGAACCGCCUAUCGCGGAUCUGGCGAUAAAUCCUGUCCGCGUCAGCCGAAUAACGCACCGCAGCACGGCGGAACGUUCGCACGCCUUUUGGACACACACACACACAGACACACACACACAGAGAGAGAGAGAGAGAUGGAGAUGAAUGGGAGCCAGACGCAUCCGGUGGCCGGGCUGGGUUGGCACUCACCGCCACAGACGAAGAACGGGCAGCUGCAGAGCCUGACGGGUGUGCCGUAGAAGAGCAUCCACCCCCACACGAGCAGCACGGCACACAUGGCCCACCAAGCGGGCUCGCGAUACAUGCCGUGCAGCAAGGCGCACAUGAGGAUCACGUACAGCACUCCACACACGUGGAACAACACAUUCGACCUGCAGGCAUAUAUAGCACAGUUGACACACUGACUGAUGCGAUGCGACCGACUGCCUUUGUCUCCUUCUCUCUGUGUGGCUGUGCUGUGUGUCUGCGCUCACACGUGGAACCAUCGGUGGUAUUUCCACAGCAGCGGCGGCUUGGCGAUGAAGAUGUGCCAGAAGAGGGGCAGAAUGACCAUCCCCGCCGUCAGCAGAAUGUACAUCAGCAGCAGCGGGAUGAAAAAAGACCGGUUGUUCUGGCUCCUCGCGCGCUGCUCGGACGACAGCACGAUGGCAAAAACGAUCGCCCACGGAAUCAGCAGGAUGGGGGCACCCGUCAGCAACGCAGAGCGCCACGACAGCUUCCUGACCACACACACGACAAACACCAAUUCAUUCAAAGGGGAUGGAUGACACACACAUGUGCUUACCCCUCGAGCAUGUCGGCACAUGCGUGGAUUUGCGUGUUCCUGUCGGCACGAAGCAGCGUCGGCUCGGUCUCGUCCGCCCGCUGCAGCGGCUGCUGCCUCCCCUCACGGACAACGCCCGGCUCCAGAUCGACGCUCGGCUUCUUGGACGAGGUUGCAGACUCCCGCCUCUCGUACUCUCGUUUCUGCUUGCGCGACGGCGUCACCUUGAGGUCCAGGCCGCUGUAGAGCAGCUUCCACCCCGGCCCGUCGAUUUCGGCGCCCUCCUCCUCGUCGACAGGCGGCUUGGGCGGCGGCAGGUCGGGCAUGCCGCCGCCGCCGAAGCUCCAGGGGAAGCUGAUCUUGAACGAACGGCGGCUCCUGGACUCGGUGGACCCCUGGGUGUGGCCAAUCGGCAAAAUGUUGGUGUGCGUGGCGGCUGCAGCGGUUCCUGUGGCUCCUGUGGCCUCGGUGGUGGCGCUUCUGUCGUCGUCUCUCUCCAUUCUCUCGAGUGAUGCCUGGGAUGCGGGGAAGGGGUUGGAUGAGCCGCUCUGAGGGGCAGCGGGUGCCUGUGCCUGCUGUGCGGGACUCUCCUCUGCGGAUGGCUCGGCGGCCUCUGGGAAGGGGUUGGUCUCCUCCGCCUUGCCAUCGACCUCCCCAGCGAAGGGAUUCACCCCUUCCUCUUUCCUCUCCUCCAUCGCAACCCCUUCAGCCUUCUUCUCUUCCGGCGUGGCCAUGACGCGCCGGAA